AAGGGACCAUAUUUGUAUAGUACAUAUUGACAACCAGUAUCGACAAUGUACAAAAAAACGGCUGCACAACUCCGUCACAGUGUACACCAGAGCAUCGAAAACUAUCCAUAUAAUGAGGCUAGCAGUGCCCAGGCUACUCUGCAGGCCAGUUGCAAAAAUUCAUUGAACUUUGUGCAGCGUUUAGAUAUACUGCAAACGCUAUACGUCCAUAAUGGUUGCGUCAACACAGUGAACUGGAAUGCAAGCGGAACACAUAUUGUAUCUGGCUCCGAUGAUAACCAUCUGGUCAUUACUGAGGCUAAGAGCGGUCGGGUAGCACUCAAGAGCAAGACCCAACACAAGCGUCAUAUUUUUAGUGCACGUUUCAUGCCACACAGCAACGAUCAGGCUGUCGUUUCUUGCUCUGGCGAAGGCCUAGUAAUCCAUACUGAGUUCCAGAUUCCAUAUAGCUCCGAAAAAUGUACAAAGACAACAGACUAUAUAGUUGGAGAAGACAGCCGAAUCGUGAACGUUUUUGAUUGUCACACAUUUGGGAGUACCUUCGAUGUUUUGCCAAUACCUGACGCACCGCGCUCCUUUCUUAGUUGCGGAGAAGAUGCAACAGUACGCUGCUUCGAUCUUCGCCAAUCCAGUAGUUGCUCCAAGAGUAUGUGCCAAAAGCACAUCCUUAUAAUGGCGCCCUGUGCCGUGACAGCCAUGGAUGUAGCUCCUUUUAAUCACAACAAUGUGGCCAUCGGCUGUUCCGACUCAAUAAUUCGUCUAUACGACAGGCGUAUGCUGGCAAAUACAGGCUCUGCAUCUUUGUCGUCGGGCUCAACAAUACCGAUUAAGGCUUUCCCUAUACCAAUGGAAUACACGCGUCGUCACUAUCGCCCCACCUGCGUAAAGUUCAAUGUGAACGAAUCUGAGCUGCUGGUCAGUUACUCUAUGGAGCAGAUUUAUCUGUUUGAUCUGAAACACCCUGGCUAUAAUGACGCAGGUCUGUUGAAAAGCGGUUGUUAUACGCCCAAAAUGCGCCGUGAAGACGAUCCAGACCCGCAGAUGCCUCGUCUUCGCUUUCGUGGCGAUUGGUCCGAUACUGGGCCCAACUCCCAGGCCAUUGCCGAGCAGGGUUUUAACCGUCCCAAUGUGGGGCAAGCUCGACCACCCCUCGAACCAGGAGUACUUAGUCGGCUUAGUGACGAAAUAUUUCGCAUGCUUAAUUCGCCCAGUCGUCAAAUGCGUCAAACUUCCCAAGCAACCGAGUCAAAUACAGAUACAACAUUAAACCGCAACUCAAAUAGCUCCCUUCCUAUCAGGGCGCAGAACACAAUUUAUGGAAAUAUGAUCAACGAAUCGGAUGUAGCUAACAUUUCUGUCAAAUCUGGAUGUCUUGAGAUCACCGAGGACGCAAAAGAUACUCAAAAUGAGAACAAGGAUGCAAUUACAGCUGGAGAUGGAGAAAGGUUUCCUAUUCGAAAUUUUAAUUACGUAAAAAUGGCUUUCAGUGGCCACCGUAACUCAAGGACAAUGGUGAAGGGUGCUUGUUUCUGGGGGGACGACUUUAUUAUGUCGGGUUCCGACUGUGGCCAUAUAUUCGUUUGGAAUCGACAGACCGGAAAGGUAGUCAAGACGCUUCUGGCAGAUAAUCGUGUCGUCAAUCGUGUUCAACCACAUCCCACGCUCCCCUACCUUCUUAGUUCUGGCAUCGACUACAAUGUGAAGGUGUGGGCGCCAAUCGCUUCUGAUCCUCAUUUCGAUGAGGCCGAAACCGCCGGACUGAUAAAAAGCAAUGAGAUUAUGUUAGUGGAGACUCGCGAUACUAUAACCGUACCUGCCCAGAUAAUGAUACGAAUUUUGGCAAGCCUACAUCAGUAUCGCCGGCUGAUGCACGAAGCUGGUAGCGAAGCCAGAUCUAGGCAAGAAGGUCUAUCUGGCAAUGGUGCAGAAUCUCCUAAUAGUGAUAUAUAAGUUAAAUCGUGAUCUAGUAACCACUCCUUUCCUUUCCCUAUUUUUUCCGCAUGUUUUUCCCUACUCCAACUUAUGCGAAGGCAGGGUGCAGAAGCUAUCAGCCUAAGAGGUAGAGAAAACGACACGUUUCUAUAUGUUUAAUGUACAUAUAUCCCAUUAAAAGUAUGACGAAGUAUGACAAACAAAA